GCUCUGAGGCAGGCUGAGGCUGAGGAGCGGCAAUGGGCGAUCCGGUGGUGUGCAGCUUCCUCACCAAGACCCUCUGCGCCGAGGGCGGGAGGCUGGGGCUCGCGGAACUCCAGCAGCACGUCGGCCUCUCGGCGCAGCAGCUGCAGGAGACGCUGCAGGCGGCGGGUCCCGAGCGCUUCCUGCUGCUGACGGGCGCCGGGGGAGCGCCGGAGGUGCUGGCCCUGACGGCUGUGCGGAUCUGUAUGCGCAAGCAGUGCGAGGGCUGCGAGCGCCUGCACCUCUGCAAGCUGCACCUCAUGGGCAGGUGCAGUCUGCGCCACAGAGUUUGCAAAUACUCUCAUGACAUCACCAGUGCUGAGAACAAAAAAGUUCUGAAGACUCAUGAGUUGUCUGGCCUAAGUGAGAAUGAGCUGCGAAUCCUGCUUCUCCAAAAUGACCCUUUCCUCCUUCCUGAUGCCUGCCAAUUUUACAACAACAGGGUUAAUACCUGCAGCCAGCGAGACGACUGCAACAAGCUUCAUAUUUGCCGAUACUUUCUCCAUGGUGGAUGUAAAUUUUUUCCAUGCAAGAAGUCCCAUAAUUUUUUGGAUUCCUGUGCACUGAGAUUGUUGAAAAAUGGAGGCAUUGAUGAGAAGAUGGCUUCAAACAUCCAGAAAGUAUAUGAUCAUAAACAUGUGGAGCUCCACAAGAGGGAAAAACCUAAUGGUCCUUCCUACAAACCAAGGCAAACUUCAGAGGAAGACCGAACAAAUAAAAGUAGCAAAGAACAGAAGCCAUCUUUUGAAACACCUGAGGUCUCCACAGUGCAUGCACCACCUUCAGAAGCAGUGCUAUUCAGUCAGCCUUCUCAUGCAGAUCGCAGCAGCAACAAAACUCAUCAGAGCGAACGUGAGUUUCUAACAGGCACCAGAAGUAAAGUUGAAGGUAAAAAAGAUGAUUCCUCUGUGAACUCUUCAAAGGACAAUAAAGAUAAGUCUGAUGAGAUAUGCUUGUUCAAUGUCUGGAAGUACUGCAAACAUAAUGAGAAAUGCACAUCAGUUCAUUACCAUUUGCCAUAUAGAUGGCAAGUAUAUAAUGGGAUCACCUGGAAUGACCUUUCCAUGAUGGAAGAAAUUGAAAAAGCCUAUUGUGACCCAAAAAACAGCAGUGCAGCAGAUAAGGGUAUUAAUUUCCAGACAAUGACCCUCUCCUCUUCUUUGAUUCGGCGCCUCUCUACGCCAUCGUCUGUUGUAAACCCCACAUUUGUACUGACUACAAAGUGGAUUUGGUAUUGGAAGAAUGACCACGGCCAGUGGACUGAAUAUGGAACACAGGGAGAACAGGGUAUUGUGAAUUCACCAUCUUCUGACAUACUUGAGAAUUUGUAUUUGGCAGAUCCAGAUACCACUAUACAAUUCCAAGCUGGCUUGUAUUAUUACCAACUCAAUUUUAAAGAAAUGAUCCAGAUAAACACCUCUUCUAAAACAAAAAGAAAGGUCUGCAGGCGACCGAAGUUUGUGUCUUAUGAAGAAGUGCAAAAGAUAAAGGAAAGAGGUCAGAGGGAUUCUAUUCCAAGUCAAGCCUGUCCCCCUCACUGGGAUCAAUCUGCACUGCCUGACUUUGGAUACAAGUCACCUAGUACUAUCACAGACAAGACAAAUUUGAGAAGAGUACAGACUCAAGUAAAACCAAGAGGAAAGAGUGGCAGCCAGUGAUAUCUAGAAACAUACACAGUGAUCUCAUAAAGAAUAAAGAAAAAAAGAAAGAAAGAAUGAGAACAAAACCACAACAUCAAAUCUGCCAGCCUGAAGUCUGUGUACACAUUUGGUGCAGCAAGACCAAAAAUGCUUAGUUUUUCUGUAUUAGUCAUUGUAAUGAUAUUUAGAGGUUGUCCCUUAGGAAGAACAACACAGAGCAAUCCUACAGCAUGCUAGAAAAAUGCUUUUCAGUGUUACGUUUGUUCUUUUAUACAGUGGUUUUGACCCUGAUUAAGGAACAGUACAUGAGCUUUAGCAUGAGGACUUUCACUUGUUGCCUCUUAAAACAAUCCUGAGUGAUGCUGAUCAAGCUGUAUUGGCACAGGCAUGCUGACAAUGAAAGGCAGGACAAAAGUAACAUAUUUCCAGACUGAGCAUUCGUUCUAGCUAUUUUCAAUUGACUGAGAGAUUCGUUGUUAUUCUUACUCCUUGUACUUGAUUUUCCUAGUGUUGUUGCAUUGGUGUGGCAUGAGAACCAGAAAUACUGUUUCUUUGCUUCCUCGGGCUGGCUUCUGUUACUGAGUUUUGUCCUGGAUGUUUCUUUUUACCCUGGCUACCUUUUUCUGGCUGCCUUGGAUUAUGCUUUACUCCAUGUAGUACUAUUUUCUAGCAACGUGGAUAUAGCAAAUUAGUCUAAAUAGAAUUCUGCUGAAAAAUCAAUAGGUAAAAUUGAAGUCAGUUGCUCUAUACAUAACCCUUCUUCAAAUAGUUGUUUUUUUCACAAUUAGUAGAAAAACAAAAACCAAACCUUAUUUUUCCAGACUCUGAAAAUUUCAGGUGUCUAGCACCUGCUGAUUUUACUAGUAAGAGUUUGUGUGGGAACCAGGCAGACAGACCUUCUGAAGAUUGGACCUGCAAUACCUUGAGCUCUGUCACAAUUAAUGAAGGAAACAGCUAACUGCUUAUUAGUAGCUUAUCCGAGUAAUGUAAGCUUGAACGUUUCAAAAGAAUGAUCAGAAGAUAGGCAGCUCAGUUCCUUUUAUGUCUCUGAGUUGUGUGUACUUACUGCUUCCCUUAUUUACUCUGAAAUGUUUGGUGUGAACUUUAGUCGAGUCCAUUCAUUUAGGUAUUUCUGGAGUCACUGAGGUGAAUGUGAGAGGCUUGGGAACGUGACAUGCAGAUCCAUGGUACCUCUGGUGGUACUGGUGGGGAUGUGUGGGGGAAAAAAAAGUCAUCUUGCUUCCUAGAGCUCAUUUUGCUCCCUGAGUUGGAAUCUAAGAAAACUGUCUCUUACCUUGUAAACUGAGCGCCUUUCAUACAAAAGGAAAAGUUAACUCUGUAUCUAAAAAAAGCCCACCGUACUCUUUGGUAUUAAAAAUAAAAACCUGAGCUAGAUUAAGUUAUUUCUGUGGGAACCUAAGCAUGUUUUUUUGCAGUAGGUAAUAUUGGGACUGGAUGGGAUUCUGCAUGCAUGUGGUGAGCAUCCUAACAUCUGACAAUUACGACUUGAUGAAUUCCCCUCUCUUCAGACACUGACAUUUAAUCCCAGCUAACUUCCCUGCACUGAUCAAUCAUAAGAACAAACACCUAUGAGAUAGGGAGGAAGUUUUCCUUCUUUAAAGAGAGCAGCUCUGUGUUGUUAACAUUGCUUAUUUUUUUUGAGUGCUGAGGUGUCUAAAUCUGUAAAUCAUGUGGAGUCAUAGUUCUGUAGAAAGUAGUGUAAAUGAAAAGCUUACUAGACAUUAGUAACAAACACCAAUUGGAAAAUUGGCACGAGUCUCCUUCUGUCUUUGUUUUACAGAUAGAGUGGAGUUAGCAGUUGGUAAACUUCUAAAGGCAUUAAAAAAAAAAAAAGAAAGAAUGGGUAUUAUCUUGGAACUUUUUGUUGGGUUUUAAAUUCUGUCUUUAAUAUGGAACUGAGAAAUGUGUGUGAUGAAGGCAAUAUGCUUUUGUGUCAAGAGGAUUAGUAUUCAUAUAGCUGCUGAAUCCUGACAAGACUGAAGAUUGCUGUGCUUUAACAAGGUUGGGAGAUGAUGUGUCAUAAGAAAUCUGUCCGUAUACUUUUUAAACAUUAGUUUUACUUGGGUAGGUGUAACUAAUUGAAGUUGUUUUGCUUCCAAAGCCUAAGUUAACCAGAUAUCAAGGUUUGAUGUCCUUUUGUACUGAACUUGUGCAGUCAUAUGCUAAUAAUAAAUUAUUGUCAGGGCAGUGAUUCUUUCUCUGCUUAAGAAAUUCCACUCGUUGACUGUGGAUUUGCAAAUGCUUUUCCUCUCUAAAUUUUCCUCCUUAAGUCUAAAGAUGAAAAGAGCUUAAGAAGUUCUGCUAUUGUGAAACAUUAACUUGCAGUAGCAAGGUGGUGUUAUUCUUCAUUGGCAUCUUUUUAAGGAAAUGAAGACAAUCUCUGUGGAGAUUCCAUGCAAAAUAGAACUGGCUUUGUUGCUUGUAGGCAAACUAUUUUACUAUUGUAAAAUAAUUGAAGUACCCGUCUUAAGCUACCAGCCUCGUACCACGUCGCUGACCCUCUCUUUUACCCAGGAUGUUCACAGUUUUCCAGCAAAAGAUGUUAUGUAGCAAAAGCACAUUUCGUGGUCUACAUAAACAAUUCGUAUGUAUUCAUAUCAGAUGUAGUGCUAAAAUGUAUUGACGUUAUUUUCAUCUUGCAGGCGGUGGAGAACUGUUGUGUUAAAAAGCAUGCAGAUAAUAAGUACUGUCUUGUCCAAAUUAUUUUGUGUUGCAUUGUAAACAGGAUUUGCAAAAUAUUCUUGUAUGGAGAGACGUGCAACGUGUCAUUCAACUUUGUAAAAACUUUUUAAUAAAUUCAGAAAAGUAA